AUGGUGCAGACACAGCUGAAUAAGUUGAACUUCCCUGUACCAGUGAAACUGUUGGCUCACGGACCGGCUGUCAUGCUCAGGAUACAAGACAAACACCAUAUCGUCGAGGUGGAUUUAGUCCCAACGUUUGUUGUAGAUGACCAGUUCUAUGUGGCCAAACCAUACAAGAGUUACGCUGACAACCCAGAACGCAGUAUUGGCGGGGUCUCUACCUCCCUAUUCUGGCGUCAAUCCACAUCCCUUGACGAGAAGAGCAUGUUAUCAACAAUUGAUCGCGACCAGGGCUGCCGACGUAAAUGUUUGAAGAUCCUGAAGUACAUGCGCACUAGGGAUGCCACGCUGAGUUGCCUGACCUCAUUUCAUUUCAAGAACCUUGUGCUGCAUCAUGCCGCCGACGGGGACUGGAGGGACGCCAAUAUGGCGGAAAGGUUCCUGGAUUUGUUGCAGAGCUUGUGUACUUGUCUAGAUGGCGGUAACCUGAAGCAUUACUUCAUACCCCCAGUCAACUUGCUAGACGGGUUCGGUGCGAACGUCAUCGCCAACCUCAAAGGACGCGUAAGACGGCUGACGAGCAGUGACCAGGCAAUUCGACAACUUCUACAGUAG